CUUGGAAACCCCUUGUUUAUUUUCCUUGCGGUCAGGCAGGCAGUGCGCGGGGCAGCCUGGGAUUGCUGAAAGGACCCUAACCGGAUCAAUUUGCUCAAAAAACAGGAAAGUGAGGGUGUAAUAGCGAGAUGAAGCCGGCAGUGGAUGAGAUGUUUCCAGAAGGCGCUGGUCCAUAUGUAGAUCUGGAUGAGGCUGGAGGUAGCACUGGACUUCUAAUGGACCUGGCAGCAAAUGAAAAAGCAGUGCAUGCAGACUUUUUUAAUGAAUUUGAAGACUUGUAUGAUGAAGAUGACCUCCAAUAAUAUCUAAUGACAUACCUACACAGAAUUCUCCGUUGCAUGUUAAUACUUUAUUUUCAAAAAGAGAAUAUUAGUUGUGUAUUUAAAUACACCAUGUAAAUAAAUGUAUCUUACUGAAGUGA